UCCCCCUAUUGAAACCGGUGAAGUAAGCGAUUUUAAUUGAAGUUAAAGCUCCGUUCACAUUCUAUUAUCUACAAUGAAUUUAGAUUUAUUAGAAUCGUUUGGACAAAAUUAUCCAGAGGAAUUUGAUGGAACUCUAGAUUGUAUUUCGCUGGCAAUCACUUGUACCUUCAACCGAUAUGGCACACUUUUAGCUGUCGGUUGUAAUGAUGGUCGUAUUGUGCUUUGGGAUUUCCUGACUCGGGGUAUAGCAAAAAUUAUUACAGCACAUAUUCAUCCUGUCUGCUCGUUGAGUUUCACCCGGGACGGACGGAAGCUCGUGUCUGCUUCCACAGAUAAUACCGUCUGCGUGUGGCAAGUUCUAACCGGUGAUUGUCUUCAGAAAUAUACAUUUCCGUCGCCUGUACUUAAGGUUCAGUUCCACCCUCGGAAUGAACGGCUGUUUCUCGUAUGUCCGCUGAAGUAUGCGGCCGUAUUAGUUGAUUGCUCAACGAGGGAGCAUCGGCUUGUGCCGUUGGACGACGAUACAGACCUUAACAUAGUUGCAUCAUUCGAUCGUCAAGGCGAACAUAUCUUCACUGGCAAUGCUAAAGGCAAGGUUGUCGUUGUACGGGUAUCAGACCUUGAGGUUGUUGUCUCGUUUCGGGUGACAACAGGAUCUCAGAGCGCAACCGCGAUCAAAUCCAUCGAGUUCUCACGUAGAGGUGACCACUUUCUAUGCAAUACAGCUGAUAGGGUUAUCCGUGUUUACGAUAGUCGGAAAGUUGUCGAACGAGCUGGAGAAGACGUAGACGUCGAACCCACACAAAAGCUUCAGGAUCUUGUCAACAAGACGACGUGGAAGAAAUGCUGUUUUUCCGGAGAUGGCGAAUUUAUUUGUGCUGGAUCUGCACGCCAGCAUGCGCUUUACGUCUGGGAAAGAAGUGUCGGAAACCUUGUGAAAAUCCUACAUGGCACAAAAGGAGAAACGCUAUUCGAUGUAGUUUGGCAUCCAGUGCGACCGAUAAUCGCCUCCAUUUCGUCGGGUGUCGUGUCCAUCUGGGCUCAAGCACAGGUUGAAAACUGGUCUGCAUUCGCGCCUGAUUUCAAAGAAUUGGACGAGAACGUCGAAUACGAAGAACGUGAAAGUGAGUUCGAUCUCGAAGAUGAAGAUAAGUCUGUACAGAUGGAAGAAGAAAGCCGAGACGAGGAGGUGGAAGUUGACGUAGAAACGGAGGAACCAGUUGCGGCGUACUGUUCAUCGGAUGAAGAUGGUGAAGCUAUCAAGAAAGCCCUACUAUAUCUUCCAAUUGCGCCGGACAUUGACGAGCCCGAAGAGGGAUGGGGUGGUGACGGUCCUGGAAUACCCUCCACCGGAAUUCUGUCCGAUUCUGGAGGUGGUUCAGGACGAAAUGUUCAUGCUUAUGACGUGCAAUUGAAAGACGCGCCUGUUGGAGAGCCACAUCCGCUCGUAGGUAACGGAAAGAAGAACCAAGUCACUGCUGGAAAACCUAAACAGCCUGGGCAACCAGCCUCGGCCGCAUCGCAGAGUGCUAAGCCACCGUUAAAGGACCGCACCAAAGAUAAGCGUUUCAAACGGUUGAAAGUUCACGAGGAUUCGUCAUGGGAUGCUGAACACGUCAGCAAUUCACCGUCGUAGAUGUUUAGUUGUUAAAUCUAGCCAGUGAUUCGAAGCAGCUAGAAAUCUGUCUAUUUUAGUGGCUGGUCUUUAUUUGUUUAUCGCCCAACAACGUGAAAUUUGGUAUACUUAGAGAAUCACAAUUGGAUGCAACCUACGCGUGUUCACUUUCGGCCUUCACAUAUAUUUGCGUUUUAUGUGGGACUAUUUUAUUGUUUUGAUAAAGAACAUUUGUUGCAAGACGGUGUAUGAACUUACGGUGCUUCUCAGCGAGUGUUUUUGUAUAGAAUAUGGGUCAAUAUAUGACAUAUUUUUCAUACGUGUAAAAAAAAAGUUUAACAAAACUCGUCGAAUCCCUAUACGUGUGUGAGCUCGUCAAAGCUUAUGGGUUGGCUUCAUGGGUGGAGAAAAUCGUUUUUCAAAUUUUUUUUGUUCAACAAUAUGAAUUCUUUGUAUAUUAAUUUUGAAGUAUACUGAUUGAUUAUUAGUGGAUGAAAGUAGAUCUUCUUGAGUAAGCGGUCUUGUGAGAUUGAAAUUCACUGCGACCCAGUGCCAAAUCCAUUACUAAAAUGUGUGUUUCACUCAACGAAACGAUACGAAGUUGUCUACAAGCUACGCUCUCAACAGUAACAAUGACAAUUGGAACAAAAUAGUAGCAGUCACAAUUUAAACGGAAAUAACUGUACAUGCAGGCAAACGAUUCAUUAGGUAUUUCAUGCGGGUUUGUUUGAGCUACCGAAAAUAACUAAUCUUGUAAACUAUGGACACUUGGAAAUGCAUGGGUAACUAAAUAUAAAUAGUGUAUACUAACCCCGUAACAAAUUGGUUCUUUGUGGAAAUUUUA